AACAAUAUACUUUUAUACUAUAUUUCAUCCAUAACAGGGACAAUGCACACAUUACAAACGUUAUGCUCCCUAAGAUGACUUUUCUACUUUCAUUUUGAAUGAGAGUUCGGAUGAUGAAACAGAGAAGACAAUGGUCUUUUGUUAGUUAUCAGCAAAUCUUUCCUACAUAAAAGUGUACAUUAGUCCUGGGCUUAAGAUGCCACUUCUCUACAAAGUUGUUGACUGUGAAAUUCGACCGAAACUGUAUCCUGUGAUUGACUUUUCGUGUCGAUCGGACAAUGUUGUCAACGUUGACAAAGAUGUUAUUUCUUUAAUUGAGGCUGUUAAAUCUGACGAGCUAGAGCGAGUGCGGAACUAUCUGGGUGUCAUAAAACAAAAUAAGGCAGAUAUACAAAGUGUUGUCAAUGGAGCAAACGAUAAGCAUGAAACAGCUUUGUGCUCGGCUGUUAUCAAGAAAAAUCUUGACAUCUGCAAACUGCUAAUCAACAAUGGUUCUGAUGUCGACCAACAAGCCAAAAUUCCUCCAUUUUAUCUGAGGCUGUCUCCAAUCAGUCAGGCUGUCAUUCAAAACUCUGUCGACAUUGUUAAGCUCCUUCUAAGUCAUAACUGCCAAAAAGAUCGAGUCGAUGAUUAUGGGAAGUCGGCCAUUAGUUAUGCUGUCUCCAAUAACUACGUUGCUAUGGUGACUUUCCUUCUUGAGUCUGGGUGUGACAUCAACAGUUUCAUCCCAGAGUCUGGAUACUCUCUUUUACAUGAUGCCUGUUCUAAAGAAAACUUGGAAAUUGUAAAGAUUCUGCUGAAGUGGGGAGCUGAUCCCAGUGCUCUUGAGGUGAAAGAACGUACAACUCCUGGAUUUUUUACAAACAAAAUAGAAAUUCAUCAGCAGUUGAUUAACUUUGGAAGUGACAUUAAUGCAGCCAGUCGGUCAGGUGAAACUGUUUUACACAUGGCCAUUAUACAUGGAAAUGUACAGCUUGUUGAAUUCCUCCUAAAGCAUGGUGCUUUCAUGAAUGCUAGGCAUGUCAAGUUUUUAUACUCUACAGGAAACCUUCUAUGUAAAGUAACUUUCCAGGAUCCUCUGGAGCUUGCAGCAGAGCAGCAUUACUUCAAUAUAUGUCAAGUUCUGGUACAACAUGGAUGCAUUACUGAACAGCCUCAUUCUGAAAAUAAGGAAUUGUGGUGUCGGUUGCUUAACAGUCGAGACAACGACUUACUGUUAACAUUGUUGUAUGAUUGUCUCCCCUUGUCAUCCAGAGACGUUAGAAGGUCAGAUUUAAAAGUUCUCUGGCAAGAUAUCAUUGACCUCAGACCACAGGUCCCUAAGGGUGUUCCAGACUUGAAGGCGUUGUGCCGUUUCAAAUUACGAAAACAUCUGAAGGAGCUUUGUUUAGGACGUAGUAUAAGUGGUUCCAUCACACGUCUACCUCUACCUCCCAUCUUAAAGGAGUAUGUAAUGCUCCGUGUCUUCUGAGUAUUUCUGCAUAAUAGUUUUACAUUAGUUACAUUAGUUCUACAUUGAAUAUAUACUCAAGAGAGAUUGAAGUUAUGGGUGAUGUUUUUAUAGACUAUCAGGAUUUUAGUUUUCAUAAUGCUCAGGAUUUUUUUUUUUACUGAACUGUUUGAUUCAACAAUACACAUAUAGCUUUCGCUUGUGAAUGUUUACAUAAUGCUUAAACUACUAAGAGUGAUAAAUUGUUAUUGCAUUUAAUUUCCAGCCUGCUAUAGUGUGUAAAUUAUCUUAUAUCUGUGUAAAUGUGCUCCCCUUUAAACCUUAAUACCAAUUACCGUUAGGUUUCUCCAUUUUUGCAUUACUUAAAAAGAAAUCAAUUUCAUAUCAGUUUCUAUACAUGUAGACUGUGCUUUUAAAAAAAAUGUCAAAAGGAAUCAAAUCUUCAUUUGAGAUUGUUGAAAGAACACAACUUAGAAGUGUUAUACAUAGGUUCUUGGAUUAACAGAUUUUGUGUAAAUUUUAUUAUAGAGUUUAUGAUCGUCCACUACACUUGGUGCUUGUAAUUUCUUUUAAAAUAUGACAUAAUUUACAAACUAGGUAUAUUAUAUUGAUUUGGACAAGUAUAAACCUGUGUAUUCUUCCAGUAUACCGUACUUUGGGAUAUUUUGGCGUUUUUUGCUCAAAAUAGGGUGGUUAAAUAUUGGUGCGUCAAAUUUUGGCAUUAACCAUCAUGUGUGCUAAUUUUUGGCACUUACCUGUAGUUAUGUAAUUGAUUUGUUUUUUCAUUACGCUACGAAAGUCUACAUAUUUAGAAGCCAUGUCGCAUGGACACGUACAAAAGGAUUAAAAGCUCUGUGGCUAAGUGACAGGAUUCGAUCACCUACCUGAGAUAUAGCCUUUGUUUUAAUUGGUAUUUUCUGAGAACAUCCCAUCAGUAUAAGCCUUUUGUAUUUCGUCUCACCUGGUUGCACAGAAAAACAGUCCUUGCUUUGUAAGUUACACAAGUAAAUCGAUCGAUCGAGACCGGACUUUUCCUUGAGUACAGCUAAUACAACAAUCAGUAUGAAAACAUCGUGAAUGAAAUUUAUGACACAUUUAGAUGAAACAUACCUUAAUUGACGCGUUUUUAUCAAAAAACAAUUUCCAUCACACAUUAACACAGAUCGCAGAAGCUAGUAAUGAGUAUGUAGUAAUUGAACGGAAAGACGGUUGCUAUAAUCCGGAUAUUGUUCUGACGAAUUUUUUCGUGAGAUUUUGGUGUGUUUAAUUUUGGCUCAUUCACCCCAGGCACCAAAUAAACCAAAAUAUAACCACAUCCAAAAUAUCCCAAAGUACGGUAAUAUACUGGACACCUGUGUAUUAUUUGGGUAUAAUAUACUGGACACCUGUGUAUUAUUUGGGUAUAAUCUAUUGGACACCUGUGUAUUAUUUGGGUAUAUCAUACUGGACACCUGUGUAUUCUUCCAGUAUAAUAUACUGGACACCUGUGUAUUAUUUGGGUAUAUUAUACUGGAUACCUGUGUAUUAUUUGGGUAUAAUAUACUGGACACCUGUGUAUUAUUUGGGUAUAAUAUACUGGACAUGUGUAUUAUUUGGGUAUAAUAUACUGGACACCUGUGUAUUAUUUGGGUAUAAUAUACUGGACAUGUGUAUUCUUUCACUGUGAUGUUCAGGAAUGUAAUGUACAGAAACAUAUUUAAUUGUAGAUCAUUGAAAUUCCAGUGUUAAUAAAUCAUGAGGUACGAUGAUGUACAUUGUAUUACUGUAUUUCUCUGGUGGUAAGCCCAUAAGCUACACAUAAACUUUGACUAAACAUUGAGUGGUUUUAUGGCAGUAAAAUAAGAAAUAAAACUUAUUAUUAGAAUAUUCACUGAACUGCAAUGUAAAUGGAUGUGCUUAUUACCAGGUAUGGGCUUAUAGUUACCGGUAGGUAAUUAUAGCAUGUAUGCAUACUUUAAUUUUUGUGCCAAAAUUGAUGCAUUGCAUAUUUCAUACUUAUGUUAUGGAAUUAAUGUUCUUUGAAGAAUUCGCACAUUCAAUGAAUGUUAUGCUUCUGUUUACAAUGUGUAUUAGGUGCUAAAAUUAAGAUAAUUAUAUAUAUAUAAUGUAGACCUUUUGGAAAUCCAUGCUACACAAAUCGUAAUUUGUUCCUUGGAGACAGGUACUGAGUAUUGUCCUAUUGGUGUUUCUGACUGGUAUAAAGACAAAACAGAUAUUUUAUUGUCACCAAUGUUUGUUACCAAUGUUUGUCAUUACAAUAUAAAAGGCCUUCAUUAUAAUUUUGUUGCCAUUUAUUUCAUUUACCACAUUGCUUAUCAAACUUAUUUUUGCUUCUCCUUUUUUUGCCAUGUAUUCGUCUAUAUGUAUUUACAAACACUGUGUCUAUCUAUCAUGGAAUUAGUUUUUCUAGUUCCUUGCUCAAAUUAUUCUUGUAAAAUUCAAAAGUCAUUCAUGUUUUUUUUCAUCAGUUCUAGUAUGGUCAUGUUCACCUGUUCUUUUUGUUAUUUCGCAAUUUUUCAAAACUAAUGGAAAGAUAUUUCUUAAAUUUCUGUGUGGCUCCCCUUGCCACUUUGAUUGCAUGUUUUGAAAAUUGACAAAACUGUUACAUCACUGUAGGUGUCAUCUUAGAUUCUUAGAGCUAAACAGUGUUAUCUCUUUACGGGACAUACGGGAUGGAUCCUACUGAAAUUUGAAUUGUAUGAUAGCUUGGUGCAUGAUGCAUAUUUGAAAUGGAGACUGAUAGGAAAAAAGAUGGCUGCCAUCUUUGACUUUGAUUGACCCGAAGGGUCAGGAUGACCUAUAGCCAUCGUGCUUCGUCCGUCGUCGUGCGCCAUGCGCCGUCCG